UCCAUACAUUGCGCGCUCACGUCUGAAGUCCCGAUUGAAUCAUAUGUCAGAACCUCUUCCACAGGAGCUUUAGCACUCCGUCCUUCCUUUUCCUCAGCACAAGAUGACGGAUAUCAGCGAAAAGCCUCUUUGCUCUGAGACGUCGAACAACUUUUAUGCAACUCAACCUAACAAUGUCUUCGCCCCAGGAAUCGUUGACUUCGCUGACUGCAAUAAAUGUUCUCCGUACCCCAAUCGAUGGUCAAACAUCAGGGAGCACAUCUCCGCACCUGCAGCCGAGUUCAUGGGUGCCUUUGUUCUAUGCUUGCUGGGCUGUGGUGGAAAUUGCCAGGCAAAUCUUUCUGCCAAUAAAAGUGUGUCUGCAAGCCCAGCAGGGGACGUUGUCACGUCCAACCUCUCUUGGGCCAUUGGACUGUCCCUUGGUGUAUGGCUUUCUGCAAAUCACUCAGGCGGUCAUUUGAACCCUGCGGUAACUAUAGCAUUUGCUACUGUCCGCGGUUUCCCCUGGAAGAAAGUUCCAAUCUACGUCCUUGCGCAAUUACUGGGAGCCUUUUGUGGGGCAGGUGUAGUCUAUGCUACUUAUUUCCAUGCGAUCGACAUUGUCGAAGGGGGCUCCGAUAUUCGUACAAUUGCGGUAUCUGGUAAAUUUUUUGCGACCUAUGCGGCCGAUUACCUUCCUUCAGUCUCCGCAUUCUUCGCUGAAUUUGUAGGGUCCGCCAUGCUCAUCACCGGAAUUUUCAUGCUCACGGAUAAACAAAAUGGUCCUGCGCCUCCUGGUGUUAUUCCUGUUGGAAUAUUUCUUUUGCUCCUUGGCAUCGGUUCGGCUCUUGGCAUGGAUACUGGACCGUCUCUUAAUCCCACCCGUGACCUUGGCCCCCGUAUCCUCACCGCCAUGGUUGGGUAUGGUAGCGAAGUCUUUAACUUCAGAAGCCAGUAUUGGCUCUGGUGCCCUAUCAUUGGUCCAAUUCUUGGCAUGGUUGUGGCUGCGUUCUUCUACGAUGCUAUGCUUUACAGGGGAUCCGACAGUAUUACAAACAAGCCGAGUGAAGAGGCUGAAAGGCACCACCUACACUCGUGCGCUCAGAGGACCAAACAUGAUGGGGUUACAGAAAUAGUUUGACGGCGCUAAUGAUUGAAUGGCGCUCGCAAUGACACAACUGAUAACUGUGACAUGAUUUUGAUGCCCUUCUACACAUAAUGACCAUCAUUAACUCCUUUUGAAUAAGUGUUUAUUUCGUAUUUUAGUAAAGUUCGACCGAGAAGAAGUUGAAGUUUACGUAGACUUGAUGUAGAAUGAGGUUUUGAACUUUUCGUCUGUUUCUUGUAUCGCACAAUAUCAGCACUUGAUCCUUGUUGUCAUCGCUUGAUGACAUGACACUUGGACACAAAACACCGUCCAAAGUACUAAUUGUGGCCUGCUAGACUGAGUGGUCUAACUUGGGUAUGUUAUCUCGAGCUGAAUUAAUAAUCCAUGUGACACUGAAUUG